AUGCUUGAAUCACUUGUCGCAAGUCUUUUGAACAGGUUUUUGGGAAAUUACGUUGAAAACUUCGAUCCAAAGCAAUUGAAUAUUGGUAUUUGGAGUGGUGAUGUUAAACUUAGAGAUUUGAGAUUAAAAAAAGAAUCUUUAGAUAAACUAGAACUCCCGAUUGAUGUCAAGUUUGGUCACUUGGGUGAGUUGACUUUGCAAAUCCCAUGGUCCAAUUUGAAAGGGAAACCAGUAAAGGUGACUAUAGAAGAUGUUUACUUGUUAGCAUCGCCUAUUUUGCAAGACAAAUAUAACCACGAGGAAGAAAUUAGAAGAGAAUUGGCUCUCAAGUUUCAGCGGUUAAAUGAUCUAGAGAUUUUGAACAAGGCUAAUCCAACAAAUAGUCUUUCACCAGAAGAUGCCGCUAAAAACGAAAGUUUCACUGAAAGUCUUGUUACAAAGAUCGUUGAUAAUUUACAAGUUCAAAUUAAGAACAUUCAUAUCAGGUAUGAAGAUACAGAGUGCAUAUUUACAGAUACCCCAUAUGCAAUUGGUGUGACAUUGAAUGAGUUGUCCGCUAUUUCAACAGAUGAAGAUUGGAAACAUACAUUUAUCUCGGUUUCUCAACAAUUGACUCAUAAAUUAUUGACUUUGAAAUCAUUAUGCUGUUAUUGGAACACAGAAACAGCUUCCAUAUAUACUGAAGACCAUGAGGAGCUUUUGACAAAAUUUAAAAACUCAAUUAUUGACCAAGAUAAUUUGUCACAAUAUGAGGAAUUUACACAAUUUAUUUUGAGACCAGUGAGUGGAACAGGUCAUUUAACUGUCAACAAGCUAGGAACAACAGAAACCCAACCUCAUCUCAAAACAGAAUUAUUUUUUGAAGAUUUCAGUGUUGAUUUGGAUUCUCACCAAUAUAGAGAUGCUCUAUGGACUGCUUCCAAAUUCCAUUGGUAUAACAAAACACACAAAUUCAAAAGAUUCAAACCAACAGUUCCACUUGAAGGUCAUGGAAAAGAGUGGUUCCAAUAUGCUGCCAAGUCUGUGCUAAAUGAAAUCCAUGAAAAGAACUAUAGCUGGAGUUGGGAUUUCCUCGCAAAAAGACGUGAUAAUAGAAAAGCAUACAUCAAGCUUUGGAAACAAAAACUUUUACUUCCUGAUAUAAAUCAGCCUUUGAAAGAUGUGGAAAGUCAAAAAGAACUCAGAUCGCUAGAAGAGGAGUUGACUUUUGAAGAUAUAAAGUUCUUUAGAUCAUUAGCUAAAAGUGAAUUGAGAAAGGAGAGACUAGCAAAUGCUGAGUCUGCACCAGCUGCUCAAACAGCUACUUCUGAAGCUACAAACCAAAAUAGCGGUGGUUGGUUUUCCUCUUGGUGGUCAAAGGGGGCAGAAACAAACACUAAUGAAAAUAAAUUGGUUUUAACAGAUGAACAAAGAGAAGAGCUUUAUGAUGCUAUUGAAUUUGAUGAGACUCGGGCUUUAAGUGAAGCAGUCAAUAUUCCAAGAGAUCGUGUUAAUCUCGAAUUAUCUGCACAAUUGAAAAGAGGUGGUUUCACUAUCAAGAACAGAGAAUCUAAAAAGAAUUUGGCUGAAGUGAUUUUCGAAGGUUGUGCCACUCAAGUUUAUCAAAGACCGGAUUCGUUCUUAGCUAAUUUCACAUUGCAAGAAUUGAAAGUUGAAGAUGGUACAGAGUCUACACUUUAUAAACAUGUCGUUAGUGUGAAACCUCUCAAUACAGAGCUGGAGACUCAAGAAAGUUCAGAGCCAUUCUUCAGAGUUUCGUUUGAGAAAAAUCCACUAGAUGGUUCAGCUGACUCUGCAUUGUUGGCUAAAUUAAGAAGUAUGACAAUUUUUUAUCAUGCCCAUUUCAUUAAUGAAAUCAUUAGAUUUUUCACGCCACCUAAAGCACAUUUAAAUACAAUCAAUGCUAUCUUAAAUGCUGCAGAAGCAACUAUGGAAGGUCUUACUACUCAAACAAGAAUGGGAUUGGAGGCUAUUUGGGAAGAGCAUAAGACUAUCAAUGCUAAACUAGAUCUCCAAGCUCCUUUGAUCAUUCUUCCUUUGGAUGCAAACUCCUGGUCUUCACCUUGUGCUGUUAUUGAUGCUGGUCAUAUUAGCUUGAUAAGUGAUCUAGCUGAUAAAGACAAAACAAACAAUAUCAAAAAUUUAUCACAGGAAGAGUAUGAUAAGAUCGAUGUUGAAGAAUUGAACAGACUGAUGUAUGAUAAAUUUAAUUUACACCUUCAAGAUACUCAGGUUCUAAUUGGCCCCACUAUAAAGUCAACAAUUGAACAGUUACACAAUUCAGAUGGAAAUACAUCAACUAUCCUUGAUAAAUUAGACAUGAAGAUGCUAUUGGAGCUAUCAAUAUUACCAAAGGCACCAAACCUCGCCAAGAUCAGAGUGACUGCAAACCUUCCUAGCUUCAUUGCUAAGAUGAAUGAUUAUCAGUACAAAAUAAUGAUGCAACUCAUUGACAAAUGUAUGCCAGACUUUAGUAUUGGUGAAGAAGCUGAAGAACCAAAAUCUUCGUCGCCAUUGAACUUGGUUCAACCAAUGGAUUCCAGCUUGAAUAUUGAUGAUCUAAGUGAAAGUGAUUCGAAUGAUCAAUCUGAAGCAGCUUCACUGAAAAAUGCUGGUAAGCAACAUGAUUUUGAAUUCAACUUUAAUGUUGACAAGGUUCAGUUAUUAUUGUCGAAAUGUAAUGAUGGUACAACUAUGGCUGCAGAUCCAAUAGUUGAUCUAGUUGCUGAGCAUUUUGAGUUGGAAUUUUUCAAAACCUCUACAGGUAUGCAUGUUGACUUGGUGCUUUCAACUUUUAACAUUGAAGAUUAUAUUGAAAAUUCUGGUCCUCAAGAAUUUAGAAAAAUUGUUUCUUCUAAUAAUUUUACUGAAGAAGAGAAAAUUGAUAAUACAAAAGAUAUCUUUAGGUUGAAUUAUGAUAGAACACAGAGGAUGGUGAAUCAUGAUGGUAAACAGAUUGAGGUUUUCGAUCAAGAUGUUGAUCUCCAUUUAUCUGCUUUAAAGGUUAUUGUUACUAGAAAGAGUUUAUUGACCAUUCUCAACUUCAUUUUGACAACAUUCACAGAUCCAAAUCCAGAAGAAACACCAGCUGAUGCUUUGAGACAUAAUGAUUCCUCUGCAAUUGAAACAUCCCCACAACAAAUUAGAGUCAAUGUUAACCUUGAAGGUAUCAUUCUAGCCUUAAAUGAUAGUGGAAUAAAAUUGGCUACUUUACAAUUAUCUACAGCACUAUUUAAUGUUUUUGUGCUACCGGAAAAACUGAAAGUUUAUUCCAAAUUAGGAGCAUUAACUGUCUAUGAUGAAAGUAAUGAAGGUUCACCUAGAGAUUCAUUGGCCAGAAAGUUGUUAAGUUUUGAUGGUAAUGAUCUUGCUGAGUUCACCUAUGAAACAUUUGAUACUGCUUCUGAUAAAACAUUAGAUUAUCAAAGCAGCUUUACUUUCAAUGCUGGUUCAUUGCGUGUCAACUUCCUUGAGGGUCCUUUAAAUAAGAUUUUGGAUUUUUUGAGUAAAUUUCAAAGAAUGAAAUCACUUUAUGACUCGGCUAGAGAUGCAGCUUUCAAUCAAGUGAACAUUCAAGACCAAAAUUCAAUGCAGUUUGCUAUAACAAUAAAGACUCCGAUUAUUGUAUUCCCAAAAUUGGUUAAUUAUAAUGCUGAUAUCUAUGAUAAUGUUACUCUAUAUCUUGGUGAAUUCUUUGCAAACAACAAGUUUUUAAAAAUAGAUGGGGAUACAAUAAAUAAUAUCAGUUGUGGUUUGAGAUCAACAAAAGUUACCUCAUCUUUUUACCAAGGGGAAGUCAAUCAACUGCUCAAAAUUAUUGAAGAUAUGGAUUUGACUUUUGAUGUGAAGUUCAAUGAAAAUGCUACUGAGAAGCCACAGAUGGUGAUUGAAGGUAAAAUGGAUGAAGUUAAUGCGGAAUUGACAGAGCUUCAACUGGGUUAUUUGUAUGCUUUGUCUCAAUCUAUCCCUGCUGUUUUUGAAUUUGAUGAUUCUGAUUCCUUAGCUGAUAUUGAAGAUGCUGCUAUAAAUGCAAACAAGGUUAUUGCACCAAAUGCAACAUAUGGUGGUGAAUCUGAAGUACUACAAAAGCCUGCUACUCCUGUUCCAGUGGAAAAUCCUGAAAACACCAAAAUUGACUUCAAUUUUUCUUUGCCAAAGGUGUCGCUAACUAUUCACAAUAAUACCAAAGGCAUACAAGAUUUAACUAAUACUGGUAUCUCAACCUUUUCAUUAGAAAAAAUUGGUGUCAGUUUUAUUCAAAACUAUGACAGUCAUUUCCAAUCCGAGGUUUAUGUUCAGUCCUUCUCCGCUGAGGACAUUCGUCAAAUUAAAGACAACAAAUUUGCAAACAUCAUUCCAAAAGUCUCUGGUGACAAGCACCACUUCUCAGCCACAGCUUCAACUAACGGUCCUGCUGAUAAAAAGAAUACGGUUGUAGCUGUCAAUGUUAAUAGUCCAAAAUUUAUACUGGCUUUGGAUUACUUGUUUUCGUUGAAAUCAUAUAUUGAUUCAGCCUUAGUGGUGCCAAAUAAUGAGCUCAGCACAAAGUCGAUCACUGAAGGUGAAACACAUAGAUCGGAAUUCAACACAACUAAAUCAAUUACUGCUAAAGAGAAUGAAGAACCCCUAGGUUCUGAAGGGACGUCAAGAUUUGGAAUCACCAUAAAUGUUGUUGAUACAUCAUUGAUAUUGAUUGCAGACCCAACUGUCUCUAACUCUGAAGCUAUUGUUUUCAAAAUUGAACAGCUUCUUGCCUCAAGCCAAAAUAUUUCAACAGCAAGUGCCAAUAACGUUGGUAUGUUCUUGUGUCGCAUGGACCAAUUUGAGAAUAACCGUUUGAGAAUCAUCGAUGACUUUUCAUCUUCCUUGACUAUUGACAAUAGAGGAAGCACAAAAGAGAGUUUGCUUACUUCAAUUCAAAUUUCUGUUGAACCGCUUGUUAUGAGAGUUUCAUUGAGGGAUAUUAGGUUAGCUAUUACAAUUUUCAAUAGGGCAAUGGACCUUGCCAAACAAAAUGGAUUGCUAGAUGAAACCCCUGAUGAUGGAGAAGAAGAGGGUACAAACUAUACAACUUUCACUAAAGAGUUCAGAAAAAAACUUUCAAAGUAUGCACCAAGUAUAAUCACCUCCGUUGGAAGUACUCAUCAGAAGCGCUCUUCAAUUCAAGAACCGGAAAUAGUUAUCAAGGCUGAAGAGCUUACUGCUGAUAUAGAAGGGUUUAGGCUGGUUUUGAUUGGUGAUAUACAUGAGCUACCUGUUCUUGAUAUGUCGGUUAGUCCUUUCCAAGCUACAGCCAAAAACUGGUCUACUGAUUUGGAAGCUGAUACCAGUAUCGAGACAUUUGUCAAUAUUUUCAACUAUGCUAAAUCAUCUUGGGAACCUCUCAUUGAACCAUGGCCAAUAGCAGCGCAUAUAUCAAGGGUGCAGUCACCAAGACAAAAGCUUUUUGUUGAUUUUGUUUCUCGCAAACUCGUUCAGGUUUCCCUUUCGUCUCGUUCAAUUGCAUUGUUGUCUCAAGUUAUGUCAUCCAUCUCCACGGAAGAAGACAUCAAGGCGAGAGGAACUGAAAAACCUUACAAAAUUCUCAAUGAGACCGGUUUUGAUAUAGAAGUUUGGAUUGAUACAAGCAGUGAGAAACCUAGCCUUACAACCAUCAAAGAAGGAGACGAGAUUCCUUGGGAAUUUGAAGACUGGAGAAACAUCCGUGAGAACUUGACAACAGAUAACAAAAAAGGUGUCCUUGGUGUUAAAUUGCUUGAAUCUGGUUAUGAAGAUGUUACCAAUGUCCAUGUCACAAGUGAAGGGGAAGAAAUAUUCAUGCUAACACCACCGGUGAAUGGUAUACAUAGUAGGUUGGCUGUUGAAACUUCAUUGGGUGAAGAUAAUGUCAAGACUAUAAAGUUGAGCUCUACUGUGACUAUUGAAAAUGAUACACAAGUGAAUAUUAUCAUCAAAGGUAAAAAUGAGUUUUUAAUCAAGCAGGGUUGUUCAAGAGCAAUUCCAAUUGACGAAGUUUAUGAUACUCCAAUCUCAAUAAAACCUGAUAUCAAAGUUCCCUUCCAAUGGUCAGAAAAUAGUAUUUUCUGGAAACGUUUGGCAAAAUCAGCUGCUUCUAUUAGAUGUCCAUCUGAAGAUCCAAAUGACACAACUAGUUUCUUCUUCCAAGCUGAGGCAAAGUAUGACAAGGAUGAGCCACUCUCAAGAGUCUACCCCCAUAUGAAGGUUGUUAUCUCUGCUCCACUUGAAAUUGAAAAUUUAUUACCAUUUGAUUUAUCUUACAGGUUAUAUGAUAGAAGUGCAAAGAGAGAUUGGAGAAAUUUCUUGAAGAAAGGAAAUACCAGUCCUGUUCAUGUUGUUAAAUUAGAACACUUCUUAUUGCUUAGUGUGAAACCAGUAGAUUGUGGGUUUGAAAAAAGUGAUUUUGCCAUAAUCAAUGCCCCUAAUAAUAGUGAGUUCAAAAGAGAAAAUCGUCUUGUCACCAAAAACGAAGAUGGUCAAAAAUUGCAGUUGAAUAUUCAUUACAGUGCUACUAGAAAUGAGGGUGCUGGUAUUAAAGUUGUCAUUUAUGCUCCUUACAUCAUUCUUAACCGUACGGGCAGAGACUUGUUCAUCAGUGAAAAAUAUAAUGUGCUACAAUCAAAGGUUGAGACUAACGAUGAUAUGAUAAAGAGCACUGCUCCAAAAAUGUUCUCGUUUGAAGAGAAACGAGAUCGUGGCAGUCGUGCUUUGGUUAGGCUCGGUGAUUCACAGUGGAGUAAACCAGUCAGUUUUGAAGCUAUUGGUAGAACGAGUGAGGUUGCGAUGCAAUUACCAAACAAGAAGUCAGAGAUGAAUGUUGGUAUCGAUAUCAAAGAGGGUCAAGGAAAAUAUAAAUUGUCAAAAGUGGUUACAAUUUCACCUCGUUACAUCAUCAAGAAUAAUCUUCAGUCCGGUAUUGAAAUACUAGAUAUUGGAUCUUCAGACUCCCUCCAUUUGGAAUCCGGUAAGCUGGAACCAUUAUAUAAACUACCAAGAGUUGAAGAGAAGCAACUGAAAUUACGUUUGCCUGGAGGAAAAUCAAAAUGGUCUUCUCCUUUCAAUAUCAAAGAUAUUGGGUCAAUUUUUUUGAAAGUUUAUGAGCAAGAUGUUGGGCAGGUUCUUCUUAAAGUUGAUGUUUUACUUGAAGAGUCAACUUUGUUUAUUCAUAUUGAAGAUGCAAAGAACCGUUGGCCGUUCUCAAUUCGUAACUUUAGUGACCAAGAGUUUAUAUUUUAUCAAAAGAAUCCAAACUUGAAUGAAAACGAUGAGGUGGUGACAGGAGACGGAACCCCAUUCAAGCCAAUUUACUACAAGAUUCCUCCAAAAAGUGUCAUGCCAUAUGCUUGGGAUUAUCCUGCUGGUAUUAUAAAGGAGCUGGUAUUGAGAGCUGAAGGAAGAGAAAGAUAUAUUCAACUCGCUGAAAUUGGUAAUCUUCGUCCAAUGAGGCUAUCUAACUCAGGAACGAUAGUCGAUUUGAAUGUUGUUGCAGAUGGUCCAACCCAAUCAUUGGUUAUUUCCAAGUAUGAGCCUUCUAAUAGUCUUUACAAACUAAGAGAUGUACAAACUGCGUCUUCAAUUUCAGUUAACCAAAAUGACAGAUUUGAGGCGGAAGAUGAAGACUCGGAUAUACUGAAUAAGAUUUUGUUCAAGUUCGAAGGUAUUGGUAUUUCUUUGAUCAACACCAGACUACAGGAAUUGUGUUAUAUUUCAGUGCGUGGUAUUGAGCUACACUUUAAUGACUCUGAGCUCUAUCAAACUGCAAGCUGUAAAUUGAAAUGGAUUCAAAUUGAUAAUCAAUUGUAUGGUGGAAUUUACCCAAUUAUUUUAUAUCCAACCGUUGUUCCACAGUCUUCAAAAGAGAUGAGCAACCAUCCGGCCUUUUCAGGCGCAAUCUCAAGAGUUAAAGAUGAUAGUUAUGGGGUAACCUAUGUCAAAUAUGCAACUAUGUUACUGCAGGAAAUGUCUUUGGAGAUUGAUGAAGAUUUCUUGUUUGCGUUGCUUGAUUUCUCUAAGGUUCCCGGCGCGUCUUGGAACAAGGAAAUCCAUGAUGUGUUGUGUGAAGAUGUUAUAAUCAUUCCAGAGCCUAUCAAUACCACUGGUGGGAAUGAUAUCUAUUUCGAAGCUUUACAUUUCCAACCAACUCAAUUGAAUUUGUCUUUUGUGCGUACUGAAAGAAUCAAUGUUGAAGAUAAAACAAACUCGCAAAAUCCUGUCAUGUUUUUCUUCAAUGUGUUGACUAUGGCCAUAGGUAACAUCAAUGAUGCGCCAAUAAAGUUGAAUGCAUUGUUUGUUGAAAAUGUCAGAGUUCCUAUACCAGUGCUAAUGCAAUCUGUUCAAACUCAUUAUGGUCAAGCAUUCUUUUAUCAAAUUCACAAAGUUCUUGGUUCUGCUGAUCUUAUUGGAAACCCAGUGGGAUUGUUUAAUAAUAUCAGUUCCGGUGUGAUGGAUAUCUUUUAUGAACCAUAUCAGGGUUUGGUUAUGAAUGAUCGUCCUCAAGAACUUGGUAUCAGUGUUGCUAAAGGUGGAUUAAGUUUCUUGAAAAAGUCUGUAUUUGGGUUUUCUGAUAGUUUCGCUAAAGUUUCAGGUUCCAUUGCAAAAGGUUUAACUGUCGCAACUAUGGAUAAGCAAUUUCAAGAGCGUCGUCGUAUGACAAGAAGAAGAAAUAGACCAAAACACGCUUUGUACGGAUUUAGUGCUGGGGCUUCGUCCUUUGUUGAUGGUAUUUCCAGUGGUAUCUCUGGUGUGGCAUUGGCACCAGUGAAAGGUGCAAGUGAAGGUGGUGCCUCUGGUCUCUUCAAAGGUAUUGGUAAAGGUAUAAUUGGUCUUCCAACUAAAACUGCUAUUGGUGUUUUUGACUUAGUCAACAAUGUUAGUGAAGGUAUCAGAAACACAACUACAGCAUUUGAUGCUGAUGGUAUUGAUAAAGUUCGUUUACCAAGAUAUAUUUCUCAUGAUGCUGUCGUAAGACCAUUUUCUGAAAGAGAAGCUCAAGGUCAAUUUUGGUUGAAAACUGCAGGUGGUGGUGAAUAUGUGAAUGAAGAUUAUUUGGCUCAUGUUGUCUUGCCUGGUGAAGAAAUGGCUAUUAUUGUCACUUACAAGCAUAUUUUCUUGAUUUCCAUAACUUCCCUAGAGGUUGUUUGGUCAAUUUCUUAUGAUGAGGUCAAGUCAAUUACACAAGAGAAAACUGGUAUCAAAAUUGGCUUAACUAAUAGAAAGCAAGGUCCUUUCAUUCCAUUGCCUGAUCAAAACUCACGCAAGUUCCUUUACAAACACAUCGGAGUUGCAGUUAAUGAGUAUAAUAAGCAUUGUCAAGUCAUUCCUUAA